GAUUUGAGUUACUCCCACAUAAGUCAUGCACAGGAAAACCAAGAGCAUUUGCUCCUUCAUGUCAAGAACAAUAGGCUGUUAGUGCGCUCUGAGGCUCUCAGGAGACAAGUUUAACUCGGCACGCAGAAUUAUUAUUGUUGACAGAGGAAUCGUUAAGGACUUACACCGGAGGACUUAUGCUGUUUUGAACUGUGGAUUUGCUGUAUUGUACAUGACAAGCUGAAAAUCAUGUCACUCCCAGAGGAGGAUCUCACAUGCCCAAUAUGCUGUGACAUCUUUACGGACCCUGUUUUGCUGUCAUGUAGCCACAGCUUCUGCAGGAGCUGUCUGAAGUGCUACUGGGAAACAGGGUUACGUGAGUGUCCAGUAUGCAGAAAAAGAGCCUCCAAGGCUAGUCCUGCCACCAAUUUGGCACUGAGAAAUGUCUGUGAAGCUCUUUUGAAGGCUAGGAGGAGUUCAGUGCUGGUGGAGAAGAUGAACUGUAAUCUGCACGGGGAAAAGUUAAAACUCUUCUGUCUGGUUGACAAACAGCCCAUCUGUGUGGUGUGCCAGUCUUCCAAACUGCACAAGAGUCACAACUGCUCACCUAUAGAAGAGGCAGUACUAGACUGCAAGGAUGAACUUGCUUCAUCCCUCAAGAAUUUGCAAGAUAAAGCUGACCGCCUCAAAAGAAAUCACAUGACCUCUCCAGACAUGAUUGAGUACAUCAAGAGUCAGUCGCUAGAAACACAAAGAUUGAUCAAGAGACAGUUCGAGCAGCUACAUCAAGCCCUCUACCAAGAUGAGUUGGCCAGAAUAGCGGCUGUGAAAAAAGAAGAAGAAGACAAGAUUGCAGGAAUGAAGGAUAAGUUUAAAGAGCUUUCAGCAGAAGUGUUGUUGCUCACAGAGACAAUCUCAGUCAUACAAGAGCAGCUGAAAGAAGAUGAUAUGGUGUUGUUGAAGAAUUUCAAAGCCACUCAGGACAGAGAAAAAAACAUAGCGCUUGAUUCAGACAACAUGUCUGGGUUAUUGAUUGAUGUGACCAAGCAUCUCUGCAACCUCAAGUAUAAAGUCUUGGAGAAAAUACUGGACCAUAUUGACUAUACUCCUGUGACUUUGGACCCAAACACAGCACACCCCUGUCUCAUCCUGUCUGACGACCUCACUUCCCUCCACUACUCAAAGACCCACAGCUGUUGCCCUGACAACCCAGAGCGCUUCCACAUCAGCGCUGAAGUGGUAGGCAUGGACGCACUGGGCUCAGGAAGCCACCACUGGGUCGUGGAAACAGGAAGUAAUCAGGACUGGCUCCUCGGCGUGGCCUCUUUGUCUGUACCUAGGAACUCUGAGAUCUCCGCUCGGCCUGAGAACGGCUUCUGGACUUUGUGUUUCAGGAAUGGAGAGUUCAGGGCAAUGACCUCACCACCCACCCCACUGACAGUUACAAGAGUGCCCAAACAAGUCAAAGUAAAACUGGAUUACAACAAAGGGACAAUGUCUUUCUUUGACCCUGCUGAUGACACACUCAUUUAUGUAUUCACACACACGUUCACAGAAACUUUACUUCCAUAUUUUUAUACACAGAGCAGUCAUCCAUUGAGAAUAAUGCCAGAGAAAGUACUUGUGACAAUGCUGCGUCGAGGAUGAAGGAUUUAUAAAUUUUGUAAGAUAAUAUGAUCCCAGACCUGUUUUGAUGGAUGAGAUCAAUAUAAAAUAAUUAAAUGUGAUUGGUGGAUUGA